AUGAUCAAAGAAAUAUUUUCUACUGCUAAAAUGAAGAAUGCCAAAAAUAGGAAGUACAGUGAAAAUUGGAUGUUGUUAUGCUUAUUGUUUCAAAUAAGAUCUCCUGGUGGUUAUAAAUACCUUAGACAACAAAAUAUUUUACCUUUGCCAUGUACUACAACAAUACAUAAGCAUUUAUUAGCAAUUAAAAUAGGGUGCGGUUUUGAUGAAGAUUUUUUUAAUCUUCUAAAAAAGAAAUUUGAAACCAAAUCGGAACAACAAAAAAUAGAAGUUCUUGUAUUGGAUCAAUUAUUCCUUAGAGAGAGUAUCAGUGCAAAUACUAGAUCAUUGACAUACCAUGGAUUGGAAGAUUUUGGUGAAGGAAUUGAUCUUUCAAAAAUUGUAAUAAAAGCAAUCUUACUAUUGGAGAAAGUCGGUGUAAAGAUUUUAGGAUUGACAAGUGAUGGUGCUUCUACAAAUCGAACGAUGUGGACUACACUAGAUAAAGCUCCAAUAAAAUGGGAAUUUUAUAAAAAAGUGUUUGAGUACGAUUCUAAAAGUCUUUUGAAAGUUUGCCCAAGGUUAACAUCAAAUCACUUUGAUCUUAAAAAUUUAACUAAGAUGAAGGUUAAAUAUGCAUCUCAAAUGUUUAGUAAAUCUAUGGUAAAUAGAAUACAAUUUUACAAAAGUAAAAAUUAUGAAGGAUUUACAGAUUGUGAAGAAACUAUUAAAUUUACUGAUAUAUUUAGUAAUGUUUUUGAUGCAUUGAACAGAAAAUUUCCUGCGGAAGGAAUUCGAAAAAAUAGUCAUGAUUUAGAGGUACUAAAAAACGUUUUAGUGUGGCUCAAUGAUUGGGAGCAAAAUUUAAGAAAUAAACUUAUCACAGAUGAUAUGUUUCUUACUAAACAAACCGUAGAGGGCCUAAGAAUCACCAUUAAAUCAACAAUAGACUUGGUAGAAUAUUUGCAUACUGAAUUUGGAUUUGCUUAUAAUUUUUUUGGAAUCAUAAGGCAAGUGGCAGGCCCUAAUGAUCAUCUAUCCACACCAAUGUAUUUACAGUUAUACCAAAUACUGUCAGUUUAUUCAUUAAUAAAACCGCCUAAAACGGGGAAUUGCACCAUUUUAGAAGAGAAUGACCCUGUUAUAAAAAUCAGUGAUAUGAAAGAAAUAAUGAAUAAACAUGAUCAAUCUACAAGGGACUUAAAAAUUAGCAAUUUAAAAAAGAAAAUUGACAGCAUUUUUGAAGAAGGUAUUUGGGAUUUUGGCGAUAUUUUUCAAGAAUUUAAUUAUUUUAAUAAUUCCUCUACAGUUUUUGAAUGUGUUGUGUAUUUCUUAGCUGGCUUAAAACCUGAAUAUGGUCAAGUUGUUGUCCCAGAAGCAGAUCUUGUAAAUUUGAAGACAAGAUGA